AUGGGAUUCCUGCAGAUUGCUCAGGUGAGGACGUUCGCGAGUCCAAUCACAGCGAGCUUUUCUUUCUUACCUCACACCCACACGAGUAGAUUUGCCAUGAUCAGAAACGUUCGUGUAGCUGCCAGACGGUUCCAGUCCACCGGGUCGUUCAAGAAUACCUACAAUUUCAACACAAACCCUCCUCCUGUACAUGAAUACUGGAACAUUAGAAACAGCGCUGUUCUUUUAGCAUUUGUUCCCGUUUAUGUUGCCGUGGGCUACAUUGCCCAGGGAAGCGGCCAAGGUUUGAGUGGACCAGAGGGAAUAAAGGCUGCGGCCAAUGCCGAGUAUGUGAAAGGAUUGGAAUUCGGCCAGCCACAAACAAAAUAA